AUAAAGAUCCCAAAGUUUUCCCGAAAUCCCAAAGCUCGCGGAGCCUCCCGCGCUGCCCGGCCGGGCCGGGCCGGCCUUUAGACCGAGCUUAGCCAAGCCCGGCUCGCCGCGGGAGCCGCGGGCGCGGCCGGAAGGAGGGCAGGAGGAAAGGAGGAGAAGCCGCGGGGGAGGGGCGGCCAUGGCCCCCAACGGCUCCGCGGGAUUUCGGGAUUCCCCCCUGGAGCCGGGAAUUUUCCUGGAUGAGGAUUUGGGAUCCGACUGGUACAUCUACGAAUCCACGGAGCCCGCGCCCCACGAUGACCUUCUUCCGGACGCCAUCCCGGAAUGCCACCCCACGAUCUCCCCCCAGCUGUACCACACCGUCAUGGCUCCCGUUUCCCUGGCCGUGAUCCUGGCCUUGUCCUUCCUGGUCAAGCGCCGCCGGCUCCACCUGAGCUGCUGGAACGGCGUCCCGGGAUUGCUCAGCCCCGGGAACCUGCUGGAGCAGGACGGGCACCGCGCGGUGGCCGCGGCCGUGCUGGCGCUGCUCUGCUCCGAGCUCUGCCGCCUGCUGCUGCUGGAGCCGCUGCCGGGGACACGCGCGGCACCCGCCGCCCGCGAGUUCUGGAAGGUUCUGGCGCUGCUCUACGUCCCCGCGCUGUACUCGCCCCUGCUGGCCUGCGCCGGCCCCCGCCACCGCCUGGGCUACGCCGCGGGGACCCUGCUGGCCUGGGGACACUGCGGGGCGCACGCCUGGCACCGCGCCCAGUGUCCCCUGGCGCCCAAGAUUUCCGGGAAAAGCUAUUGCAGGAAGUACCUCAAGGCCGUGCUGUCCAAGCGGGGCCGGAAGGGGAGCUCCGUCAAGAUCGAGGAGAGCCUCAGCUCCCGGAUCCGCUCCUACCUGCUCUCCUACAUCUACAUUCCCGAGGAAGGAUUCCGGAUCCCGCUGAAGCUGGUGGUGUCUGUCACCGUGGCCGUCGUCGCCGUCUACCAGGUGGCCGUGCUGCUGCUGGUGGCCGUGGUGCCCCCGCUGCGGAUUGUCCGGGCGGGAAUGACCAAGGACGUGGUGGUGCUGCUGGUGCAGUUCGGGCUGGUGCCCUCGCAGGGCGCGGCCGCGCCCGGGGACCUGGAGCAGGAGCUGCGCACGGCGCGCCACUUCCUGUGGGCGCUGGAAGUGUGCUACAUCUGCUCGCUGGUGCUGUGCUGCCUGCUCACCUGCGCCAUGCUGCUCCGGAGCCUGGGCAUGCACAGGUCCAACCUGCGGGCGCUGUACCAGGGCGCCGUGCUGGACGUGUUUUCCAAGGCCCACAUCCUGCGGCCUUCCCGGGAAUCCCUGGUCUGCUGGAUGGCCUUCUCCAGCUUCCAGGCGGCCUUCGCCUGCCUGGGUCUCCUGAUCCAGCAGGUGAUUUUCUUCCUCUGCUUCGUGGCCUUCACCUUCCUGGUGGUGAUCCCACUCCAGCUCGGCACCAGCUCCCCGCUCUUCGGGAUCAUCCAGAACAUGUGGCCCUUCUGGCUGACCCUGGUGGUGGCCGUGCUCCUGCAGCAUCUCCUGGCCCAUUUCCAGUUCCUGGAGCAGCAUUCCCUGCAGAAGGAGAUCACCAACAGGCGCGCGCUGUACAUCGUCACCUUCCUGCUCUUCCCCAUCAACGUCCUGGUGGGCGUCAUGGCCGCAGUGUGGCGCGUGGUCAUCUCCGGCCUCUACAACGCCGUCCACUUCUGCCGGAUGGACAUCAGCCUGCUGCACCGCGGCGUGGAGACCUUCGACCCAGGGUACCGCACCUACUGCCACUACCUGAAGGUGGAGGUCAGCCAGUGCCACCCGCUGCUGAAGGCCUUCUGCUUCCUGCUGCUCCAGCCCGGCCGGCCGGAGCCGCCGGCACCGCCCCGGGACACCCAGCUGGAGGAAGGCCUCCAGCUGAUGCAUCCCAAGCAGCCGGCUCCGGGGAGAGCGCGGAUCCGGCGGAUCCGGGCGCGCUGGUGGGUGGCCUACACGCUCCUGCACAACCCCUCGCUGACCGCUUCCCGAAAAACCGCGCUGGCCGAUCCCGCCGCCAACGGCGCCCAGCUCGGCGUUCCCAGGCCCUGAAUUCCCGGGAAUCCCAUCCCGUCUUCCAUCUUCCAUCCCCAAAUUCUGGAUGUUUCCCUCGCCCUUUCCCAGCCUUUGGACUCACUCUGAGGGUUUAUCCCUAAAUCCACAUUGAGCCACUCCCAAAAUCCGGAGGUGACACCUCCAGCCUGGAUGGAGCCGAGCCAAGGAAAAUGUUCCCAGAUCCCAAAAAUAUUUUGGGAUUCGCUCCUGCAACCAGCCCGGUUCUCAGCAGCUUUUCCAGCACGGGACAAUUCCCAGGGAAUGGGGAGAGGAGCUGGGAGGGAUCCUCAGCCGGCCAAAGGAAUUCUCAACCACCAGGAAUUACCCUGGGAGCUCCACGUGGGAGAAAAUUCCCAUUCCCGGCUUCUCCCUUCCCGAUCCCAGCUGCAUUUGGGCUCCGCAUCCGCUCCUGGGACAUUUUUUCCCUGAUUUUUGAAGGAUCAAAUCCCGCGCUGCUCCCCGUCCUCUUCCAUUCCCAGUUUUGUGGUGAUCCCGGGGUUUUCCAGGGCUGGGAUCCGUGGAAAGCCUCCCUGGGA